AUGCCUUCUUUUGAAUUACCGCCUAUUCAAAACAACCCAGAUGGAGGUUGGGGACCAUCUCAGGCAAAUUUUCCUCAAGAUUUCAAGUUCAAGGACAUCCCCUAUGCACCCUUUUCAAAAGCCGACAAAAUUGGUCGUUUUGCAGACUGGAAUGAUCUGACGGGCGAUAAUCGCCAAACCGCUGCUGGUCUGGCUGCUGGAUCAAAAUCUACGGGCUCGAAUAGAAGGAGAGAAGGCCAGCAACCGUUUGGAAGUGGAGUUGCGAAUGCAUUCGCAUAUUUCCACGUCGAAGACGAGGCGAGCUUCUCGCUUGUUGACAACAAAUCAAGUGCUCCCAGGCGGACUGGUGCAGGCGGCUUUGGUAGAGGACGGGGAGCUUCCAGAGGUGCUGGAACAAAUUCUCGUACCGGACAGCGCGGAGGGCGCGGGGGAUUCCAGACAGGACGCGGUGGCGCGCAACGCGGCGGAGGAAGAAGGGGAUGGAGAGACUGGGAGAAGAACACGCGUACUCGAGAGUCCUCUGUUACUAUCUCUCCAUCAUGGGCAAUGCUGGAAGAAAUCGAGUUCCAUCGCCUUGCCAAGCUGCGGCUGGAAGUGGAUGAACCCGAGGAUCUAGAGAAUUACGGGAGGCUCUUUCCCUACGAUAAGACCUAUGAUCGUAUCACGACCAAAACCGAACGACCUCUCCAGCUUGUUGACAGGAUUAAAUAUAACACGACGACUUCUGAUGACCCAGUUAUACAGCAGCUUGCUUCUAAGGAUGUCGCCACCAUCUACACAACAGAUGUUAUUCUGAGUGUUCUCAUGUGCGCGCCGCGAUCUGUAUAUCCUUGGGACAUUGUGAUUGUUCGCGAAGGAAACAAGCUAUUCCUCGACAAGCGCGAUGGAGGUCCGUUUGAUACAGUAACCGUUAACGAGAACGCGACAGAUCCGCCCCAGGACCCCACAGCACCGACCAAUCCAAACAAUCCUAACGAAAAGGUUGCACAGGCAGAGACCCCUUCUAUCAAUACAGCCAAUUCCUUAUCUCUUGAGGCAACGUACAUCAAUCAGAACUUUGGCUUCCAGUCUGUCAUUGAGGCACCACCUCCGCCGGCAGUCGACUUCGACAAACCAAAUCCUUUCUAUGGCCCCGACGAAACGGAUCCACUCGCGUCAUGUGGCUAUCGCUACCGAGUCUUUGACAUGAGUGUGUCAGAAGACGAGGACGUCAAAAUAUGUGUUCGCACGGAAGUAGAUGCAUACAUCCCUGGUCAGGGUAAUCCUCAAAGCGGACAAGGACUAGCCACGAUUCGAGCGCUUAACGAGUUUGACUCCCGAGCACAAGGAGCCGGUGGAGCGCCUGACUGGCGGUCAAAGCUGGAUUCGCAACGCGGUGCAGUCGUUGCAACGGAGAUGAAGAAUAACAACUGCAAACUCGCUAAGUGGACAGUGCAAAGUGUGCUUGCAGGAGCUGAGGUCCUCAAAAUUGGAUAUGUCUCGCGUUUAAAUCCGCGCGAUAACACGCGCCAUGUGAUUCUGUCGACGGCAUCUAUGCGGCCUAUGGAAUUCGCGGGACAGCUCAAUAUCUCACUCGCUAACGGCUGGGGAAUCGUUCGCACCGUCACAGAUCUCUGCAUGAAAAUGCCCGAGGGAAAAUACGUCCUGGUCAAGGACCCCAACAGACCCGUUAUUCGUCUAUACUCAGUUCCCAUGACCGCCUUCACUGGCGAGGAAGAGGAAGAGGCGGAAGGCGAGGAAGAUGUUCACGAAUCUGACAACUAA